AGAGCAAUAGGGAGGAAAAAGAAGAGGAAGAUCGAGCAUGUUGCGUCUGGCCAAUAAUAAGAUCUGCUUGUGAAGCUUGCGUCACACAGCUGCAGACCUCAAAUGUUGCAGCCAGAGGAGCAGAGCGGAGAAAGAGAUUGCUGGGGAAACGUUUGCAAAAGGAACAGGACUAACCUGGACAGCACUGUAGACUGAUUUUAAAUCCCCGAGAAGUCCUUUCUCCUCUGUUUGUCAAUUCGCAACCAUUAUAUUUCGCUGUCUAUAGACAUAUUUGAGAUCGAAACGGACUGUAACAAUCAUGGAACUGCUUUGUCUCGAGAUGGACACCAUUAUAAGAGCCCGUCCUGACCCGAAUCUUCUAUAUGAUGACAGGGUUCUACAAAGCUUGUUGACCAUCGAAGAGAGAUUUCUUCCCCAGUGUUCUUAUUUUAAAUGCGUUCAGAAAGACAUUCAGCCCUUUAUGCGGAGGAUGGUUGCAACUUGGAUGUUGGAGGUCUGCGAGGAACAGAAAUGCGAGGAAGAAGUUUUUCCAUUGGCUAUGAACUACUUGGACCGAUUUUUAGCGGUGGUACCAACAAGAAAAUGUAACUUGCAGUUGCUCGGCGCAGUGUGCAUGUUUCUUGCGUCUAAAUUGAAAGAGACGCGUCCAUUAACUGCAGAGAAGCUGUGUAUCUACACUGAUAACUCAAUCAGACCGCAGGAACUGCUGGAAUGGGAGCUGGUUGUCCUGGGGAAGUUGAAGUGGAACCUGGCUGCUGUCACUCCCAAUGACUUUAUUGAGCACAUUAUGAGGAAACUUCCGCUGCCUGAGGAUAAGCUGGACCUGAUCCGUAAACACGUUCAGACUUUCAUUGCUCUUUGUGCAACAGAUUUCAACUUUGCCAUGUACCCUCCAUCCAUGAUUGCAACGGGCAGCGUGGCGGCGGCUAUCUGUGGCCUUCAGCUCAACAGCACUAACCGCUCGCUGUGGGGAGAAAAUCUUACUAAGUUGCUUGCCAAGAUCACGAACACAGAAGUUGAUGUGCUAAAGGCAUGCCAGGAGCAGAUUGAAAGAGUGCUGAUGAAUAACUUGAGGGAAGGCCGCAGGCAGCAGCAGAAACAGCAGCAGCAGGAACAGGGUGGACCCCGCAGCAAAGCACUUGAUGACCAGGACCAGUCCAGCACCCCCACUGACGUACGAGACAUCAAUUUGUGAGAUUGCUGCAGGAACGCCGUGAUCAGUCUUCAAGAGAAAAAAAAAACAACAAAAAACAAAAACGACAAAAAAAAAACAACCCCAACAAAAAGUGCUUGCUAGUCUUUGUAGAGUUUUAUUUUCAUUUUUCAGUACAAAUUGCUCCCAGUAAUUACAAAAAAGAAAGAAAAAAAAUCAAAGCUAUUUUAGAUACAAAUUGUUUUUUUUUUUUUUUUUAUAUAUAUAUAUAUAUAUAUAUAUAUAUAUAUAUAUAUAUUUUAAACGAUUUGAUACUGAUGCAAAAAGUUCUACGGUGCAUCAGACUAUUAGAAGGGAAGCGUGUUGUAUUUUACAAACUCUUUUGAUUGUGUAAACAUAAUAAUAUGAUAUUUAAUGCAAAAGAGAUGUGUAAAGGGCUUUUCAAAAUAGAGAGUCUACUGUAUCAGACUGGCAUAAAAGGGUACAAAAGUGGGGCAAUGUUUUUCUUGUUUUGUUGUGUUUUUUUUUUUUUUUUUUUUUUUUUUUUUUUUUUUUUUGGGUUCAUGUUGGAAUGCCUGAACUUGAACACACAAAGAGGUGCCAUGAGGCUGUUAAAUGGAUGCACCCAUUCACUUGGCUAUGUACUAAGUGUGCAUUAGGACCAGAAAAAGGGAUUAAAUGGCAGCGAUGAGACAGAAGUCUUGCUCACAGAAUGCAUGGGUCUUUUGCAAGGACAAUGUGGGCUUAUGUAAUGAGAAUAGACUAUUAUAAUUAUUUUAUUAAUAUAAUAAUAAUUAUUAUUAUUAUUAAACAAGCAAGUUAUUGUCUCUCAAUGCUAAAGUUACAGACACUUCAAAUAAGCUUUUGUCAAGCUGCUUGUGUGCAUGCAUUUAUGUGUGGUGUAUGUUGGCUCGUGUACAAGCGUGUACAAGUUACUCUAUAUCAGGCACACUUGUGGGCUUCAUUUAAUCAUCUAUCUGCAAGUGUUGGCAAUAGAGACUGGCUCAGUGGUGGGGACCCAGUCAAAGUUCUGGACAGGAGAUAGCAAAUGUUUUUUCCACAGUGCUUUUGCUAGCUUUGAGGGCCUCCUGUAUCAGUGCCGUAUAUUAAAUGCUUUUAUUUACUGGCCUGGAAACUGCUUGAGGGCUGAGCCCAAUCCAGUGCACAGAACAAGAGGAGGCAAGAAAAGGGAGCGGACAGAGACAGCUAUGUUCCCACAUAUCUUCUAAAGACAAGAAGAGUUGUUUUUUAAAGUUGUGGAUAAGGUUGCACUUGGUUGCAGCAUCCGACUAAAUAUUACAGUUGUAUUGGAUACAGACAGUCUAUUACGUAUUUACGUAUUUUGUUGUGUGUGUGUUGAAGGAGGUUGAUCCCUGUCAGGGACAAAGAGAUCAGCUGUGGAGGUCUGGAUUUGUAAACAAGUGUGUGUAAAUUCUGCAAGCAGUAAAGGAAUGUGCAGGCAAGAAUGAUCGAGGAUGAUGAUUGUAAAAUGAUGAUGAAGCCUGGUUGGUUUGCGAUGUGAAGCAUGCUGCUGAAAUGAGGAUACUGAUAUGGAGUUAGGAGAAGCAGAAUAGGAGGCCAAAGGAGAAAAACAGCCAUGGUUUCCAGAAAUCGCAUGAUAUUUAAGAUGUCUGUCUGUUUGUCUGUUUUUAUUUUUGUUUGUCCUGUAGUUGUAUGUAUCAUCUUUGAAUUACAGACCAGUAUCUAAACCAGUUUGAUUGACACUGCCAGCUCAUAACUGGGAAGGUAUGACGCGAGGAUGAUGAAUGGCGUAGGUUAACAAUUGUUGAUCUGAGCGUCUUUACUUCGUCACUUUCAACAAAGAAGUAUUUUGAGAGCAUUUUUCCCAUGGGCAAGCUUUUUUUUGGGCUGGUUUCCCAUGUUUAGAUCAUGGCAUGGUUCGGUUCAUCAUAGAGUUAAAGCAUUGUAAAUCGGUGCUUUCCAAUGUUGAAAAUGUUGACAUUAUGACAAUAACAGCAACAAAAUAAUAACAAUAAUUAAACAAAUUAAUAAAAAAGGCCAAAAGACAGAAAACAUUGAGAUCAAAAUGAAACGGUAAUAUGUUUGUUGAUUUGCACGCUCUAAGGGCAGUUUUCUUGAAAUUAGUAAAGAACUAGUGUAACUGCACCAAUGCAGAACAGUUCUAUAUAGUGCCUCGAGUCUAAUGUAGACGUUCCCCCUGUGUUGCCAUACUUUGGUCAGGCCGCUUAAGCAUAAGAUCCACUACCCAGUCAUCCAAAAUAUGCUGCUUCCAAAGGUUGAACUGGCAUGGGUUUUGAUAACUUUCACAGAAGUCAGUGGCUAAAAACAGGGUGCAUCAGCAGCACAAUACAGCUUUUAUAUGCUGAAUUCUCAUAGCUUACCUUAAAAAGGGGCAGUUGAGCUUAGGUUUGUCUACGUGUAUGUAUGUGUGUUUGUGUGCAUGUCUUUCUGUGGGUAAAGGAGACUGUGAGGAGUUGUACUCAACAUAAAUUUCCUUGCUCCAGAAAUAGUUCUUAGUGAUGCUUGAGUUUCACAAGUCACGUUUACUCCAUCCUCACACCAAAACCCCCAGUCAGUCUUGUUGUAUUAAGUUAGUCUGUUUUAUUAUUUUCCCAGUUCCGCUCUGAAAAUGAAUUACAGUACUGUUAUCAGAUUGUAUGGGUGGCUAUGUGCUUUGACUUUGAAUAAGGACCCAAGUUACGUUCCUUAAGGGGUAUGAUACUGUAUUCCAAAGUGAUGAAAGAUGGAAAGGGUGUUAAGACAUCAAUCAAGUGUCAAUAUUUUAUUGAGUUAUUAUUGGGGUUUUUCGCUGCUAAAAAGCUAUGAUUUUUUGUUUCAUCUUAUACACAAAAAUAACAUUACAUAGUUGUGAUUUCACAUCAGUGUGCUGCUAUUUUAUAAACAAUUGUAUUAUAAUUAUUUUACUGCUUACAGAAUACUUUGAGAAUACAGAAGUAGAGGGUAAACGAAGAACAUGAAAUGAGUAUUCGACUGGAAAUGCUCUUUGUACAGUGUGCUCUUAUUAAGGCAUGUUUCUUUACCUUUUAAUAUUUUUCUUCCUCUUCUUUCUGUCACAUUCUGUAAGUGUGGUAUCUCUAUACCUCAGGUUUACUGGAUAUAAAGACUUUCCCAUUACCUCACACCACUCACAAACAGUUUUUCGGGAACCUGGAAAUGACAGCACACAAAAGAGGUUAUGACAUCUUUGCUGUGUCUAAUCAUCAAGGCUCCCACAUGGACUUCAGAAAUAGUGGAUGGAGGAGGGAAGAAAAGAUGAGACUUUUGUGGAUUAUGUUGCUGAGAAUGCACCUGCCCUCUUUUUUAGACAUUUUUACGCCGUUUAAUAUUCUAAAGAACAAUGUGUUAUGUACUCGGCCCAUAUCGAUGGAUGUAAAGUUGUAAAUAUUGACUAAAACUAAGUCACUUGUUAUCAACAACAGUAUGAAAAGCUCUCCUCCUUCCACUAUAAACCAUAUCAUGUACCUCAGUUAUGUCUGUUGCACAACCUCUGUUCAAUAAAUAUUUGCUUUAAAGAAUGUGGUGCUAUUUUGGGCCUAUAUUAUUUUCCCUUUUAUUGGCAAUAUUGAAAGAUUAAUAAUAAUAAUAAUAAUAAUAAUAAUGGGAAUCUAUCCAGCAUGUUUCAGAGAAUGACAGUAAAGGUAGUGUGGAUGAUGAGUUAAGGGCUAGAUGGAAUAUUAGACAUUUAGAAACUGAAAGAAAAACAAACUGCUUACAUAUCUGUUCAACAAUGUUACCUUCUAGAAUUAUUUGCUAAAGAAUUCAAACCAAGUUUGGAAAAUUGUCACGUGAGAUUUUGGAGGGUACCACGAGGUAAACAGGUUAAAAUAAGGAGUAAUGUCAAUAGGGCUACUCUUCUUUGGAUUACUGUAAAACUCAAAUAAUGUCAUUGAGAGCAUGACUGAAGUUAAAGUAGAGGACGUGCUGUAUGCUAAGGUCAAUAAACGUACCAUGAAAGAAGCA